GAGAUGCCCAACACGCCUGAAGGCGCCCAGUUGGAAGAUAGUGUCACCGACUCAAGCGAUGCUGAACAACAGACUGCUGAAAAAUGUUUCACUGAAGAUCCAAGUGGUGCCACAAUUCGAAAGGUUCUGUUUGAAAACAUCCUUUUCUUGGAGGUCUUCGCUGGAACUUCUUCACUAACAAUCGAGGUGCGCAAAACAAACUUGCGUGGAGUGGCUGUCGACAAAGGUACGGAGAGAGCGAAAGGGCCUAUCACAAUUUUGGACCUCACCGCGCCAGAAGACUUGCAGUUCCUGAUGGAUUUCAUUCGGCAGGAGGCUCUUAACCUCUGCCUGGUUCAUUUUGCACCACCGUGUGGAACCUGUUCAGCCGCAAGAAAAAGAAAGUUGCCUUCAGAAGUGCAAGCGAAGUUGAAAGACGCUGGAAUAACUCCGCCACAGCAGUUGCGUUCCGAACAAUUUCCAAUGUGGCUCCCAGGGAUUGCAGGGGAUCACCCUCACAAGCCAUGGACACCGACUCUGACAGCUGAUGGUGUCCAUUAUCCUACAAAGGAUGAAGCGGAGUAUCCAAAGCUCCUAUGUCAGAGAGUGGCAGCACUUUUAAUUGCUGAUUUGCAAGCGCAAGGCAUUGAACAACCGCAAACCAUAACACAGCAGAUUGCCCAGCGACGCACUACAGCAAUCAACUCGGUUGCUAUGGGCUUACUUCCCCGAGGUCAAAAGCUGAAACCUUUGGUCAGCGAGCUUGGUCAUUACGUACAAUUUGCUGUCAGGCCAGAUAUGGAUGCAAGCCGCAUUCUGCCACAACUCACAAAAGGAGCUCGGAUAACCGACCGGAAACUUCUUACUGGGGGUGACAAGCGGGUUUCCGACUUAACUGGUGAAUCUCUGAAAUACUUGGAAGGAUUUCAUGUUAGCAAUGAGACAAAGGUUGAGCUUGUGACGUUUGGAAUCCCAAGAGAACCUUGGGAUUUUGUGAAAAAGGCUGCACAGGUUGGGCAUCCGAGAUUCUUGCCAUACGCGGGUUCAGAACAGCUUGAUGACUUCGUGUCAGAGAACCCGAAGAUGCAGAGUUACACCUUGCCGCUUGGGAAGAAACUCAAGCGGAAUGCGAGCGAAAAUGGAUCUGGGAGGACACAACUGAAGUUCACUUUGCAUGGGGUGGAUUUCAUUGCAGCUUCAUUGAUCAGAGCGCUUGUCUUGAAUCAGAAGUCGAACAUGGCGAAGCUCUAUGGCUUAAACAGCCUCCCUUUUGGGGCGACGGGUAGUGUUGCUGGUUUCCUCAGGGUCAGUUCGGCCCUCUUUUAUGUCUUGAGCGUGGGCUUGAAGGUAUGGUGCAGCGCUUUCUUUGAUGACUUCCCAACAAUGGCAGCCGAUGCAGCAGCCGCUCAGACGGAUAAGUGCGUUGGCUUCCUGUUCGACUUGCUUGGAAUGCAAUAUGCAAAGGAGGGCAAGAAAAACCAACCAUUCAGCAACGAGAUGAGAGCACUGGGCCUCAUCUUCGACCUGGCUGGGUUUGACGAAGGUGUUGUCUUUAUAAAGCACACGCCUGAACGCAGGUCAGACUUGCUGGAGAGAAUAACAUCGAUCCUGAGAUCCAAUGAGCUUUCCCCGAAGGAGGCCGAGUCAUUCAAGGGCAGAGCGCAGUGGUUUGAAAGUUUCUUGUUUGGCCGGACGGCAAACCUUGCUAUUCACCGACUUGGAAAAAGAGCCUUGAUGAAAGGUGGAAGGCAGGGACACAAACUUGAUGCAGAACUAAGAACCUCCUUGGAAUUCCUCCGACACAGGGUUGAACAUGGAGCUCCUCUUCAACUUACUGCCACAACGGAGCAGGCUAUUCUUAUCUUCACCGAUGGAGCCUUCGAUGAAGAGACAGGCAUCGGGUCAAUUGGUGGAGUCCUCUUGGAUCAUAACGGCACAGCACUCAGCUACUUCAGUGAGCGGGUCCCUAACCUGCUAAUGGAAUUUUUCCUGAAGGAGGCGGAAAAUCCUAUUUACCUGGUAGAGCUGUUGGCGGUGCAUGUUGCCGCUUUUCUUUGGGGUGGCCAGACGUUUGGCAGGUACAUCGUGAUGUACAUCGACAACGAAGCCUCUCGAAUGGCCUUGGUCAAAGCCUACUCCUCCACCCUUCUUGGAAACGUUGUGAUCCAACUCUUUGUGCAAGAAGAAGACCAACAUCAAUGGAAGGUGUGGUUUGGAAGAGUUUGCAGCCACGCAAACAUAGCUGAUGGCCCCAGUCGUGGACAUGUUGAAGACAUGAAAGCUUGUGGGGCUGUGCACAGCCAGUGCGCAUGGGACGUGGUCAUAUGCUCACUGGAAGCAGUCGAGCACAAGCUCAGAUGGAGGUGA